GGGGGGUGCUUCCGAUGCCUCUCCGCACACAAAACAGCAGACUCCCUGCAGCAUCACAGCGAGAGAUGUCAGGUGAUGAAGCCCGUGCCAGUAGUCAUGCCCACAGCAAAGGACAGCAUCCUCAAAUAUACAAAUUUGAAGCACAGGAUGGUGGCUCCAUAUAUCAUUUACGCUGAUACGGAGGCCAUCAUUGAGCCGAUGGAGGAACAGCAUGGCAGCAGCACUGUACGCACAGCACGUCAUGUACCAUGCAGCAUCAGAUAUGCUGCCAUCCGAUCCAACGGUGAAGUCCGUGGUGAGUUUGACGACUGCAGUGAGAAUGCCAUUCACAACUUUUUCGACAGUCUCAAAGAGUUGGAAGGCAGUAUCCAGGAGGAUUUGGCUGAUACCAAGCCAAUUCGCAUGACAGCAGAACUGGAGCUUGAGUUUCAGAACGCAGUCAACUGCUGGAUAUGUGACGCAGUACUUGGAGAAGAUCGUGUUCGUGAUCAUGAUCAUCUCACUGGCGACUACCGUGGUGCUGCACACUACCAGUGUAAUAUUCAGCUAAGUAUCUACCCAGAUCGCCAGAUCAUUCCGGUUGUGUUUCACAACCUGAAAGGGUACGAUGCCCACCACCUCAUCGCCCACAUUGGUAUGACCGAGGUUGAAGAGGUGGAGUACGAGGACUCUAACCAGCGUAAGCGGAUUAAGAAGGUUGGUGAGAUCAGUGUCAUCGCCAACAACAUGGAGAAAUAUAUUUCAUUCAAGUGGCGUCAGUACCGCUUCAUUGACUCCAUGGCCUUCUUGAACUCCUCUCUGGACUCGUUGGUGAGCAACACCCCGGAAGAUGCCUUCAAGCUUACUCGUACAUUAGCCCAUCAUGACCUUCUCCGGCGUAAGGGUGUCUACCCCUACGAGUACAUGGACUCCUUUGCUCGGUUUGAUGAGACACAGCUGCCACCUAAAUCAGCAUUUGAGUCUAGUUUGACUGGAGAAGGUAUCAGUGAUGCCGACUAUGCCCAUGCUCAGAACGUAUGGCAGACAUUUGAGUGCAGUACAAUGGAGGCCUAUCAUGACCUCUAUUUGCAAACAGAUGUCUAUCUUCUAGCAGAUGUCUUUGAGCAUUUCCGCAAGACGGCAUACAAGACGUAUGGGUUGGAUCCAGCUCAUUACCUUACUCUCCCAGGAUAUGCAUGGGAUGCUCUACUACGGUUCACCCAGAUUGAACUGCAGCUGCUCACGGAUGUAGACAUGCAUCUGUUUGUCGAAGCUGGUCUACGUGGGGGCAUCUCAAUGGCGUCGCAGCGGUAUGGCAAGGCCAACAACCCAACGAUGGAUCAGUACAAUCCUGCCGAGCCCACAUCAUACCUGCUAUACCUUGAUGCCAACAACCUGUAUGGCUGGGCUAUGUGCCAGAGUAUGCCGACAUCUGAGUUUGCCUGGUGUGACAAGAACCUGUCCGAGAUACUGGCACAACCUGUAGAUUCGAGCACUGGGUUCAUUGUGGAGUGUGAUCUUGAGGUACCCUCUUCGCUGCACCACUACUUCAAUGAUUAUCCACUUGCACCGGAAGUGAUGAGAGCAUUCUCAGAUAAGCUAUCACCAUACCAGAAAGCACUUGUGGAGGAGCUCAAAGUGUCAGCCGUAGAUGGAGUCAAGUUGACACCCAGUCUCCUACCCAAGUCCAAGUAUGUGUUACACUACCGUACACUGCAGCUGUAUUCGCGUCUGGGCAUGGUGGUGACCGCUGUUCACAAGGUGUUGGGAUUUCAGCAGAGUGCCUGGAUGGCUCCCUACAUCAAUCUGAACACUGCACUUCGCACGAGGGCUACAACCGACUUUGAGAAGAGCUUUUACAAGCUGAUGAACAACUCAGUCUUUGGCAAGACGAUGGAGAACGUUCGUAAUCGAACACGCAUCGAUCUCUUGCGGGAAGAAAGUGAGGAGCAGGUACUGAGGGCAGUGAGCAAGCCUACAUAUGUGCGGCACGACAUUUUCCCGAACGGGCUUGUCGGAAUAGAAAAGCAGCACACUGAGAUCAAGCUCAACAAGCCGGUCUAUGUGGGUAUGUCGAUACUAGACCUGUCAAAGUUGCACAUGUACUCCUUCUACUACGAUGUGCUGAAGGAGCAGUACGGUAGCAGAAUCCGGCUGUUGUACACCGACACCGACUCUGUUAUUGUGCACAUAACCACCGGUGAUGUUUAUGCAGAGAUGGAUCUGUCUCUGUAUGACACCAGCAACUUUCCCACUGACCAUCCUCAGUACACUUCUGCCAAUAAGAAAGUGGUUGGCAAAUUCAAAGAUGAGCUUGGUGGGAAAUCCAUGGUGGAGUUUGUAGGUCUAAGAUCGAAGAUGUACUCCUACAUCGGACAGGAAUCGGCCAAACGGGCCAAGGGUGUGCGAAAGGCAGUCCUGGCAAAUACCAUCACCCACAAGGACUAUGUAGAUGCACUGCUCAGUCAUCGUGUGUCUUCCAGGCCUAUGACGGGUCUCCGAUCACAUUGCCACACAGUGUAUGAGGAGGUAACCACCAAGGUGGCAUUGUCUCCAUUCGACUGCAAGCGGUACAUACUGGAUGAUGGCAUGGCCACACUUGCCUAUGGUCACAAGGACAUUUAAUGGGCAGAACCCCACAUUGAACAUGUUUCAUCAUUUUCAUGCAAAACUUCCCGCCAUUCUUCUGUCUAAUAUUCCUCCUUUCUUGACAUGUGGAGCUGGCUCCAACAAUAUUCAUUUUUGUUUAAUAUUUCAGGCUUGUGCCUCAAUCAUAUUGCAGGAUAUAGUGCAUUGUGCGGUAUAAUAAUCUUCAUCGCAUCAUCAAAUAUUACCCUACAAACUUUGGUUUGCAGUGUGUGCGCAGCAUAGUCCAUAUAUCAUCAAAUUGAUCAAGUUCAGUAUCUGCGGGCAUAUAUUUCCCCAGCUUGAGAAAAUGCUUAUAUACUUGCGUAAAUUUAUGCUCACAAUGAUGACAUAAAAAUGAGAUUAAAGUCCAUAUGAUGGCCAGUAUGAAUGUA